AUGGUACCAUCACUCGGCUCCCAGGUGGGGACAAACAUCACCGACUGUGACCUGGAUGAGGAGAUGAGCAAGGGUGUGGAAGGGACGGGCCUGGCGUUCAUUGCCUUCACAGAGGCCAUGGCCCAGUUCCCUGCCAGCCCCUUCUGGUCCACGCUCUUCUUCCUCAUGCUGCUCAACCUGGGCAUGAGCACCAUGUUCGGCACCAUGCAGGGGAUCCUCACCCCCCUCAUGGACAACUUCAGCCUGCUGGGACGCCACCGGACCAUGCUCACAGUGUGCAGCUGUGCUCUGGGCUUUGUGAUCGGACUUUUGUUUACCCAGCGCUCGGGGAACUACUUUGUGACAAUGUUCGAUGACUACUCUGCUACCCUACCCCUGAUCAUCGUGGUGGUCUUUGAGACAUUCGCUGUGGCCUGGGUGUACGGAGCUGACCGAGGGUGAACGUGUUCCAUUCAGAGGGUGAACGUGUUCCAUUCAGAGA